UAGUAUGGAGCAACAAGGAGAGUGCCAGAGCCUGUUUACCAGAGCUCCACAGCGAACAGCUUUUGAAAAGCCAGAGUUUGCAGUUGACUCUAUACAUGAGCCUCACCAUUGGCCUAAUCAUAUUUGAACUCAUAGUUUUUCUAAUUGGAUUAACAAUAUUUAAUUCUGCAUCUGCUUUAUUUUGUAUCCUUGCUAAUUUUCAUUUUGUCUUUCCAUAUGUGUGUGAUUCUUUCAGAUAUUUUCAUUUAUUCAUAUUUUACUUAACUAACACAUGAAGCUAUUGGAUGCCAUGGAUGUGCCUGUUUGGUUCUUGGGUUUUUGAUUUUCGAUGGCUGGACAUGCAGCUGGUAUUGGAUCCUAUUCAGCUUCUGCUCAUUGCCCCCCAUACUGUGUGAUAUUGCCACAGUUGCAGACAUAAUUAUCAAUAAGAAAUACUAAUCAAUUCAAGAUUAAUUUGAAUUUUGAUUGAAAUCUUUUUUCCUAUUGCAAUUAUUAAUUUGUGGUAUGUUUUUCCGCGAAAUUGUAAUUACGUGUUAGCUCAUUGCUGUUUCUUCAUUAUCAAUACAAGCAUGUGAUAGGAUGUUAAUAAUCUGCUUUUACGAAAUCACGGGGAAAUUAAAUUAGAUUUUGAUAAAGGAUUAAUUGAAUUUUGCUUUUUCUCCCCAUUUAUUUUCUCUCUGCUCUCCUCGUCCCUUACAUUUUUUUUCCUUUAAUUAACCCCGCAGUAAUUGAAAAACGAUAAGGAUGCAUUUAAUAAGCGGCAUGCCAUUUGGACGAUGAUCGUUCUUCAGUUUAAGCACGCGCCGGUAAUACUUGGAUCGCCGUCAAAGAUGUUCGGUGCCGAUAAGCCUGUAAAUAUUGGCUGGACCAGAUUGCUGAUACUGGCUGGCAUCUCGACGACGAUCGGAUCUUCUCUGACCGUUGGUUAUAACAUAGGAGUUGUUAAUUCGCCGGCUGGAUUGAUCAAAGCUUUCUGCAAUGAAUCGUUCUACGAAAGGUUUGGUUUGGUCUUGGGGGUCGCCCAAUUGGACGUUUUAUGGUCGGCGAUCGUUUCGAUCUUCCUGGUAGGUGGAGCAGCUGGUUCCUUGAGCGGAUCCUGGCUUGCUGAUAGAGUAGGCAGAAAGGGCGCUAUUGUAACCAGCACCGUACUUGCCGUCGUCUCAAGCAUCCUUUUCGUCACUUCGAAGUCUCUUAAUUCGGUGGAGAUGUUGAUCUUGGGUCGCCUGUUGGUCGGAAUGUCUUCAGGGUUGGCGACGUGCGUUGUGCCAAUGUAUUUGAUGGAAUUGGCUCCGCUGAAGUUGAGGGGUGCCGUGGGCGUCUUGUGUCCUUUGGGCGUCACUUUUGGCGUGCUCGUGGGACAAGUCAUGUCUCUUUCACAAGUACUAGGUAAGGAGGACACUUGGCCAGUACUUCUUGGUUUCUAUCUUGUGUUUGUUGGGUUGAGCUCUGUCGCAUUACCCUUUCUGCCGGAAAGCCCUAAAUACUUGUACAUAGUUAAAGGGGAAACGCAACUAGCGAUCAGACAGCUAGAGAAGAUCAGGGGCGUGGAACAACAAUCAUUGGUUGCGGACAUGCAGGAGUUGCAGGCGGAGCAGAGUUGCGAAACCAAAGUGUGGAAUCUGAAAACAGUGUUAGGGGAUAAGAAUCUCUUGCUGCCCAUUUUACUCGUGUGCAGCAUGCAAGCUGGUCAACAGUUUGUUGGCAUCAACGCAGUAUUUUAUUAUUCGGUUUCGAUAUUCAUGAGCGCCGGGCUGAGUGAGCAGAACAGCCAAUACGCGACAAUCGGUGCAGGGGUGAUAAACCUGGCGAUGGCGGUGAUAUCGAUACCGGUGAUGUCUCGCGUGGAUCGUCGUCUUGUCUUCCAGAUUAGCAGUUCAUCUGCGGCAGUCUGCCUCUUCAUACUGGGCAUUGCGAUCUCUUACAUCGAUACCAUCUCAUGGAUGCCUUAUUUAAGUAUCGUUGGGGUGCUCGGAUUCGUAUUUUGCUAUGGGAUCGGUCUUGGACCCAUACCGUACUUUAUCGGUUCGGAACUAUUUGAGGUCGGGCCCAGACCGAGCGCAAUGGCGCUGGGCUCGAUGGCCAAUUGGGCAGGCAACUUCAUCAUCGGCAUGACCUUCCCAACCAUGCAAAUGCUAAUCGGAGCUAAUUCUUUCUUUAUAUUUGCAAUCGUUGCCGUUUUGCUGUUCGUAUUCAUUCGAAUGUAUCUGCCAGAAACACGCGGCUGCGAUCCGAUAGUUAUUGCGCAUUACUGUAGGAAUGGACUAUCGCUCUCAGUCCAAACGCCCAUGUCGCCGGUCAACACAUUGAACACGGACGAGACUACCACUGCUGGCUCGAACGAAUACAAAUAGACUUAUAUACCUCUUGCAGUUUUAUUUUAAUAAAGUUUAUAACUGCUA